CUCGGAUCUUCUUUUCUGAGUUCCAUUAUCAACCGCUCUGUCGCGAUCGCCGACUAGUCCUUUUUUGCCACAGAUCAUGGCAUGUGCGGGAGGUAUGGCGAUGAACUGAAUGUCGUUGGACAGCUCCGGCGGUUGUCAGGGCCCGCAAGCCUCUGUCCUGUCUUCGCCUGCCGCGUGUGGCCGGCCGGCCCCAAAUCCCGACCUACCCCGCUCCGACCCCGCUCCGACCCCGGAACUCCGACCCUUUGCCGCCGUAACCUUCUCCCCUCAGAAGCAAACAAACACACACUUCCUAGACCACCACAACCUAAGUCCAAAACCGUUCACCACGCCUUUGUCUCCAAUUUGAUCUUCUCCAACCGAGUAGCGAAAGUGCAAACCAAAAGGAGAAAAAAAAGUGAGCUCCAUGUCUCCCAUCUUAACCGCCCUCGUCACGGCAGGCAGUGCAGGGCUCGGCGCCUCGACAGCCAAGCUCUUCGCCCGCAACAGCUAUAACGUCGUCAUCAACUACGCCAACGAUGACGAUCGUGCCGCCGCUCUGGUCCGCGAGCUCCGGUCCCUCUCCCCGCUGCCGGCGGACCAGCAGCGAUUCGGCGCCGUCAAGGCAGACCUCUCCAACAGGCUCGAGACGCCCGAACUCGUCCGGCAGGCCGUCGAGGUGCUCGGAGGAACCGGCCUGGAUGUCGUCUUCUCUAAUGGCGGCUGGACGCGGCUACGCGACAUCGCCGACCUCGACGACAACGUUGACGAGGACGACUGGGAUCGCUGCUUCAACAUGAACGUCAAGUCGCACUUGUUCCUCAUGCACGCCGCGCGGCCAUAUCUGGACGAGGCCGAGGGCGCCUUCAUCACCACUGCGUCGCUAGCCGGCGUCAAAGUCAGCGGGAGCUCCCUAGCCUAUUCCGUGACCAAGGCAGCACAGCUACACCUCGUGAAGGGUCUGGCGAUAGCAGCCGGCCCGAAGGUGAGAGUGAACAGCGUCUCUCCGGGUCUCAUGUUAACGGACUGGGGCCUGCAGUUCCCCGAGGAGAAGCAGCAGGCGGCGCGGGACAGAACGCCCCUCAAACGUCUCGCCACAGUCGAGGACGUGGCGGAACAAGUCCUGUGCUUCGCCCGUAGCAGGAGCGUCACCGGCGCCAACGCCGUCAUUGACGGGGGCCUGAGCAUAUGAGCCAGACAUACCAGGGAUGAACGGACCGGCUGGCCAGCGUUCUUUUUUCCUUCUCGCCUUUUCCCUGCGGCGUUUGCUCCUCAUCGACCUAGCCGCCUUUGGAGAGGGUCGACAGAGAGACAAGCACCAUUUGUCUUACCAGUAUCCGUAUAUGAGCAAGAUUCCCAAGGCCAAGGAAAUUUUUACUUGAGAUUGGCCUUGUUCAAACCUCGAAAGGGGUCGGGGAAUGGGGCAGAUGCGAACUGCUUCGAAGCUGGGAUUGGUGUCUAUCUUCUCCCCCCACCUGGUGGUGUCGGGUAGGAGGGUCGUCCUCCCACAUUCCGUAGGGUCGUGGGCGGGUGGCGCACGCAGACAGGAUCCGGGACCGGGCAGAAAUUCAAGCAUGAAAUGAACAAGGACGAGAACUUAAAGGUUGCCAAAUCGCUGUCGUUUCCUCUCAUA